UAUUUACUCUUUAAAAAUCAAUUCGGGAUCAUCUAAAGGGAAGAAAGUGGUGGCAUUUGAACGUGCCCUCUUUGUAGGGUGAUGUGGCUGAUACUGGCUCCUACCAUCUGCUUUCCUAUUGCAGCCUGUUUCUCCAACCUGCAGAGCAGAAGCCAGGCUUUCUUUCCUUCUGGAUUGUUAAAACCGUUCACAUUUAUCCUGCAUGGCAAUGCGUUAUAGUCUGUUUUAAGGAAUCUUUUGUGCUUCUGUGCAUAUUCCUACUGCAGGCAAAGUGCGUGAGGAAGGAGCCUGUGCAGGCAGUCGGUAGCAUAGUAGCUGGCUCACGCGUAUGGAUUAGACUCGUGAGGUCAGAGGAGCUGUGUGCUGCUCUGUGCUUGUGUGGGGGGGAAGAGUGGAUUUUUCUGCCCAAGACAGUAACGAUGGGGGCUCGAGCAACGGAAACAACUCGGGAACUGGAAAGCACCUCUAUAAAGUAUCAAAUAGGAGGACAUGCAGAGAAAAUGUGGCAGCGGCUCAAAGGAAUAUUAAGAUGCUUGGUGAAGCAACUGGAGAAAGGUGACAUCAAUGUGGUGGAUUUAAAAAAGAACAUUGAAUAUGCAGCAUCUGUGCUGGAGGCAGUUUAUAUUGAUGAAACCAGGAGGCUUCUGGACACUGAGGAUGAACUCUCGGACAUCCAGUCGGAUUCGGUCCCGCUGGAAGUGCGAGACUGGUUAGCUUCUACAUUCACAAGGGAAAUGGGAAUAGUGAAGAGGAGACCUGAAGAAAAGCCCAAAUUUCGAAGCAUUGUGCAUGCUGUACAGGCUGGGAUUUUUGUAGAAAGGAUGUACCGGAGAACUUCUAGCAUGGUUGGUUUGGCUUACCCAGCAGAAGUGAUUGUAACAUUUAAGGAUGUUGAUAAAUGGUCUUUUGACGUAUUUGCCCUAAAUGAAGCAAGUGGAGAACACAGUCUGAAAUUUAUGAUGUACGAGCUGUUCACCCGAUAUGACCUUUUGAACCGUUUCAAGAUCCCUGUUCCCAAUCUUAUUACAUUUGCUGAAACUCUUGAGGUUGGUUACAGCAAAUACAAAAAUCCAUAUCACAACUUGAUCCAUGCAGCUGAUGUUACUCAAACUGUGCAUUACAUAAUGAUUCAUACUGGUAUCAUGCACUGGCUCACAGAACUGGAAAUUUUAGCAAUGAUUUUUGCAGCUGCCAUCCAUGAUUAUGAACAUACGGGGACCACAAACAAUUUUCAUAUUCAGACAAGGUCAGAUGUUGCAAUAUUGUACAAUGAUCGGUCUGUUCUUGAAAACCAUCAUGUAAGUGCUGCUUAUAGACUAAUGCAAGAGGAAGAGAUGAACAUCCUGACAAAUUUAACCAAAGAUGACUGGAGGGAGUUGCGUAGCUUGGUCAUUGAGAUGGUCUUGUCAACAGAUAUGUCGGGUCAUUUCCAACAAAUUAAAACGAUGCGGCAUACUCUGCAGCAGGCAGAGGGGGUAGACAAAGCCAAAGCCAUGUCUUUGAUUCUACAUGCAGCAGACAUAAGCCAUCCAGCAAAAUCCUGGGAACUGCACUACCGGUGGACCAUGGCCCUGAUGGAAGAAUUUUUUCGACAGGGAGACAAGGAGGCUGCUUUAGGUCUUCAGUUUUCCCCACUCUGUGACCGCAAGUCUACUUUGGUAGCUCAGUCCCAAAUCGGUUUCAUUGAUUUCAUAGUAGAACCAACAUUUUCUCUUCUUACGGACUCAAUGGAGAAAAUUGUUAUGCCUCUUAUAGAGGAAGCAUCAAAAUCUGAAAGUCCUGCAUUUGGGACAUCUGGCCAGAAUAAUUUGGGAGCAGUAAGCAAUGUUGAUGCGCAAAGACGACACAAUUUUAGAAGUACAGCAAGUGAUGGAGCAGCUCACACAGAAAAUUCCCUAGCAACUGUAGACCUAAGAAGCUUUAGGGACAACUUGAUGCAGAUAAUUCAAGCAAACAAAGAAAGAUGGAAGGAAUUGGCAGUAGAAGAAGAACUUGUGAAAAAUGUUGAUGAACAGAAAAAAGACCAGAGCAGAAAUUCCACAGAUGCACAGUUACAGGAAGAGACAAGAAGCAGACAAAAUGAGAGUAGUCAGGGAAGUGAUGGUACAGCCUGUCCUCCCAGACCCAUCGUUCUACAAGUAGUCACUUCCAACACUGCUCUGAGUGAUGAAUCCAACUCAGAAAAAUGCACUAACUCUGAUCCGAACCAGAAAGAUCUCACCGAUGCCCAGCAAGAAACACAGAAUACAGACCCACUGAAUGGUGAGCCUACACACUGUAAGCAAACAGAAGAUAUAGUAAAAGCCACGGAACAGAAUCAAGCACUGGUACACAACUAGAUUUACUGUUUCUUAAAAGCUUCUGACGAUUCUGGCAGGACAGAAGAAAAGAACACUGUUCCUACCUCCAUGCUCUCAGAGGCUGUUGUCUGUCAACUUACUCUCAGAUCAUCUUGUUUCAGUGGAGACUGGGCAGAAGGAUCAAAAGUGUAAAACAUCAAACCCUGAGCUGGGAACUCAACGCACCGAACAACUCUCAAGACUUUGUCAUAUUUGUUGUUGCUUUUCCCUUUUUUAUUCUGCUUUCUACAACUGGCCAAAAUAAUUUUUCCAGCCAAAGUUGGACCUUGCUUUGUUGCAUCACUGACACCAGCUGUUUCCAAGAGACAUGUGAAAACAUGUUAAAGAUCAUCUGCACUGGAUUGCUGUUCCGUGUCACUGCCACUGGCAUCUAAUGGAAAUGGAAAGCCAAAACAAAAUACUGUUACAGACACUUGUUCAUGCAACCAUGCUGCAUGCAACAUGAAAGUUCUACUUGUUAGCUUCCUUAAAAUAUCUGGAAAUGUAAGUACGUGGACUGGGCAGGAAGUCAUAGAGUUGUACUAUCUAUCCUGCAUGAAUAAUGACUCUUUCCCAUGUCUGCCACAGGGAGGGAGAUGGUGUUUAACAAAUCAGUAUUGGAAAUAUCACCCAGUAUUAUGAUUCAAACAUACUCAGCUCUACAGUGUUUGUCAUGUGUCAGCACUGGUGUCAGCCCUACUACGAAGCUGGCACUUAUGAUUUCAAAGGCGGAUGAGGCUGCUACACAAAUACACAAAAAUUGCUGCCCUCCAGCAACGCAUAGUGUUGCCUCUCAGACAGAACUGGAAGGUAAUAUUGAGGCCUUAUAUAAUGAGUUUGCUCAAAUGAAAAGGUGACAGCAUGGAUCCGACGAAGUCCUCCCUUUGCUUUGUUCAAACACCAGAGCAUCUUUUCUGAGAGGCAGCACAAGUGGAGCACGCAGGCACUUACCUCUGCCGGAUAUCUUGGAAUGAGCCCUGCAGCCCAGCUGUGCCCAGAAGAGGCUCCACGUUCAUCUCUGCUCCUGCUGAGCCUCAUGGGACCUCGUGCAGCCUGCACCCAACCUCACUUCCCUCUGUUGCAGCCAACAAGGAACGUUCCUCUCUCCCUUCACCUUUUACUCUCCUGGUUAACUUGGGUCACUGCGUUCCAUUUUUUGGAUCCUGUAUUACCUCAAUAUGACCAAGACUGCAGUCCGCCAUGGGCCACACAGAGGCACACUUGUGGGGCAGCAUUCCUCCCUGCUUUGCAGAGCCCUGGGUGCUCAUCCACUGCUUCAGGAACCUAAUUAGAGCUCCCAUGUACCACAGGCUCAGCCUCCAGAGAAUGCGUUUUGUCCUGGCUGAAGAAGGAACAGUAAACCAGCCACCCCACACGUAGGGGCACGUGCUUCUCUCUUCCUUUGACUGUCUCCUUUCUGACAGCAGAUCAUUGCAAUUGAGCUGGGAACAAUAUGAGCUCUGAGCCCUGGAAUAAGGGCAUGCCAAAAGGUGGAAUUUCUGUCGUUGAAUAUGUAAGCCAUAUACACACUAUGCACAGUUAGAGUGUGUAGUUUUAACUUAAGAAAUGUUUGUGCAUAUAGGUUGUAAAAAGUGCAUUUAAAUUGUCUUGUGUAUCUGGUCCAGGGCUUGUAUUUGGCAUGGACAAAGUUCUGUACAGUGCAGCUGAAGAAUGAAAUGUUAACAAAUGAAAUUGUAUCAUAUAUGUUAUAAUGCAAUUGAUAUUUUUUGCUAAGAGUUAAGAAUUUAUAUAUUAUGGCAGUGUUCGAGCAAAUCCUUAGUAGCCUGGAUCACUCCGUGCACCUCUGAAUCCAUUAUGGGGAAUGUUGGACACAUUUUUUUCUUUAUAAUGAAAUAUUUCUUAUUGUUGUUGCACCAAAAAAGAGACAUCAUUUAUAUCACUUUUUUUUUUUUUUUUUUUUUUUUUUUUUUUCUCAUUGCAAAUUGCGAUAUGCUGUGACAGUAGAAAACUUUCCUGUUUAAGAUCUGAUAUCUUUGGUCUUAUCUCUUUUCUUUCCAAACAAGGGAUCUUAUUUCAGAUAUGUUGAGCAUCUGCAGUUCCGGCCAAAUUUUAAAAGUGCAAAAAUUGAGAGAGAUAUUUAAAAAUUAGGCCAGCUAUGUCUUUGUAACAGUGCAUUCAUCAGCAUUGUGAUUUAUCAUUCCCUGAGACCAAAACUUUGGAGCCAUCCAAAUUUAAUGUUUGUAUUUACUUUCAAUUUCAGACUUCUACCCUACCAUAGCUGAACUUGACUUUUUCUUUAUGUGAUUGAUAUACUAUACUAAAAUCUUCUUCUGGAAAUACAAACAGAACUUGCAGAACGCUGGGAGCAUCCUGUGGGGCUUUUGGUGUCCUGUUGUCCUUCAGAAGGUAGGAGGAGCUCCUGAGCUCAUAGAAGGCACUCAGUGCCUGCUCAACUCUUCAUUCAUACAGAAAUGUAUAAAUAUUCUACUUCUUCAUUUUUAUACAGUCUUAAUCACUGUGGUAGGUGUUACUGAAAUAGAAGAGUCCUUAGUUUUCUUUAAAGCCAGAUAACUCUCUUUCUUUCUUCCUUUAUUCUUAGCAAGGUUUUUUUCCAGACAUGACCCAAAGCUUAGUGUGUUGUUUGGAUGAGGAAAAUUUAGUUUGGCUGAGGAGACCAUAAUCGUUGUGUGUCAGUUAAGGCUUUGAUCUUGUGUGGAAUUCACACUCAGAUGGCAGAGCAGCUUCCUGUGGGGGGGGCCUCUCCUGGGCAGGACUUUCUCCGAACCCCAGAAGGCUGCACUACCAAAGCAUUGCAUGGGGCCAUAAGAACUGGUGUUUAUAUCUGCAUCUCUCCCACAGCAUUAUGGGCAUGUACCCCUGCAUUGAGCACACUGAGGAGCUGUAGCUUUAGAUUAGCCCUCAAAAUUUUUAUUUUGUACUUUUAUCUUGAGAUAUCUGAUAAAUAUAUUAUGUAAUAUUGUUAUGGUUUAUGAUCUAGCCAGUAUUUUUUUUAUUUAAUUUUCAACAAGCAAUCUACAACUGUGUGUUUCUAUUCUGCUGUAUUUGUCCGUAUUUCCUAUGAUGAUAUUCUUAAAUAAAUUUGAUUUGAGGGCAAAGA